UGGUUUUGUGUCAGGGGUUAUCCACAAUAGCAUGACAGAAAUGAGGGCUACAUAUUCAAAAUUCUGUUAUCGCUUCUGAACGUUUUUCAUUAUUUGUUAGCAGUGGAAAAAUUUGAUCCAUAAUAUUUCCAUAUAGGUUGAACAAAAAGAAACGUAUCGUGCUUGCUUAGUAUUCGGCUUUACGCAUACAAGCAGCCAUGCCGUCCUACUCUGAAUUGAGGAAAACCAACCACUUCUACUACUUCAUCAAAUUUACCUUAAAUAUAUAUUCAAUGCUCUUUUCGCUGAUGGGUCUUUGUGUACUCUGUGUGGGGGUGUAUGCUGAAGUGGAGCGGCAGAAGAAUCGGACCCUGGAAGGCCUUUUUCUGGCUCCUGCUGUGGUGCUCAUCCUGCUGGGAUUGGUGAUGUUUACAGUGUCCGUGGUGGGAAUGGUUGGAUCCCUCAGGGACAAUAAAACCCUGCUUCACAUGUUUCUCUGUGUUCUCUGUGUCCUGCUGCUUCUCCAGGCAAUUGCACUGACUACAGCACUCAUCUUUGAAAAAAAGACAUCUGCCUUGUUUCAGAGCAGUAUAAGAGAAGGAAUUAAACACUACUAUGAUGAUCUGGACUUUAAAAACAUCUUGGACUAUGUGCAGCAAAAGUUUUCAUGUUGUGGUGGGGACGAGUACAAGGACUGGGGAGUCAACCAGUAUCAUUUCUGUAAUGGCACUGGUCCACUUGCCUGUGGAGUACCAUAUACCUGUUGUGUUCGCCGUAAAGUAGGAGAGGUCAUCAACACGCUAUGUGGUUACAAUACUCUGAGUCAGCAGCGGGAAACUCUGCAUGAGCUGAUCCAUGUGCGAGGCUGCAUUCAUGCGGUCAACCUCUGGAUGAGUGACAACAUUGGAAUAACUAUUGCUCUCUGCUGUGCCGUUGGGCUGCCCCAGCUGCUGGGUAUCAUCCUUAGUUGCGUUUUCUGGAAUCUACUGGUGGACAUGAGCGAAUCAGCUGACAUGGUGGACUUCAAGAUCAAGAAAAAAGAGGUUAACUACAGCGAGCUGGAUCUGUCUGGAGCCGGCUGGUGUAUGUGUCUGCCGAGGGAUGGUGGCUACUUGCCGGUCCCUGCCUCUGAGCCUGAACUUGACCCCAUUGACAUUCAUCUAGAGAAGCUCAAAAAGCAGCCCCCUCGCACACAUGCUCAGCUUCGAGAAAUGCAACAGUCUCGGUCGGCCACUGGGCUGGACGAGGUCGAUGUUGGCCGAAAGCAGAAAAGGGAACACUGAGGGGUCUUUUUGCCUUUUUUCUGCCGUUUGGUUUUUGCCUUUUUCAUUGUAAUGAAGUUUUGGGUUGUAUUGUAUUUUGUUAUGGUUGCUUACAUAAGUCAAUAGAAGAAGAGACAUUCUGUCAGUAAAGGACAUCAAAAGUACUCUGGGCCAAAUUAGAAACGUGCAAACUGGGCUUUUAAAAGAAUCUUUUCUCGUUUGUGAUGGUGUACAUUCUGUGAUUUAUGGUAUUAAAUCACAAGUUAUUUAUAUAUUUUUAGCCUUUGAAAUUGAGAUAAGUCUCGUGCUAAAGCUUACCUCAGGCUGUUUAAUAAAUAGCCCAGUAGUCAGAGCACAGAUCUAUGUGGUGUAUAAAGUAAUGGUAGCUUGAUGAAGUUUAAAGUGUCUAAGACAUAGGAAUAGCCAACUUUGUCUUGAGUGUAGCAUUUGUGUCAGAUGUGUACAGUUUGUGCAUUAUUUUGUUUUACUAUGAUUUUAAUUUAAUUUUGUGCAACCAGUGUACAUUGUAAGACUGAUAGUUGUUUAUUAACAGGGGAUGCAUGUUUUGUACUAUAUAUGAAGAAAACAAAACAAAAAAAUGUACAUGAUAGGCUCUCAUCGGGGGGCUUCAGUUCUAUCCAUUUUUAAAUCAACCUUUUUAUUCCAUCUUUUUAUGUAACAACUAAAGGGAUUGUACAAACUUUAAAAACCCGUGAAAAGCUACACUAAAUUGUUUGUCUCUUUUGGUUAUCAAAGAUAUGCACUGUUUUUGAGCUUCCCCCCUAGCUGCUGCCUUGUAUCAGCACUACUCCUAUUGUCAA